AUUGUUCCAUGAACAAUACAUCAAACUACAUGAGGUAAGUCAGAGGUCGUUUCACUCAAGGUCCGAGAACAUUCAGCCAAAACUGGAGCCAAAAUGUCUUCCUGUUUGAUCUACAAAGCAUUGAUCUUUACUUUUUUUAUAUCUUUGACUCAUUGUGAAGCAGAACAAUUGUUUCGUAAGAAGUUUGUUUUCAGUGACAAGACAGCGUAUCAUUUCCUAAACGAAACCAUAUCUCGACCGUCAAGAUGCAACCCGGUGUAUGUAAACAUGGUGCUCAGGCACGGUUCAAGAUAUCCUGCUAAAUCCCGUGUGUCAAACAUGGGCUGGUUUCUUCGAAGAUUGAAUUCAUUUCUUUCUCUGAAUAACCGGGCGAAUGCGACUUUCCGUUACAAGGGACUUACGCUUCCUUGGGAAAUUCCGCUCGAUGUGAGGAACUCAGCGAGUAAAGAGCUGUCCAGACUAGGCGCGCAAGAGAUGUACUGGAUAGCUAAGCGCCUUCGUGAAAGGUUUCCUGAAUUGUUCAAAAAGGAUUAUUCUAAUAGAGAUUACAGUUUCAUAGCAACGGAUAAGUUAAGAUCGAGCCAGAGUGCGGUUGCGUUUGCGCAAGGUAUUUUUGAACAACGUGGUCCGGUUGAGCUGGGAAAGUAUCAGCCAAUAGCAAUACAAUCCUCUGGUCCAGCUGAUAGAGACCAAGUUCUGCGUAUUUAUGAAGCCUGUCCAAAAUGGAAGAAAGAAAACGCAAAAUCAACUAUCUCUGAAUACUCAAAAUUCAUUCAUGGACCUCGCGUUCGCAAUGUGACAGAGAAGAUUGCCAAACGAUUAAAUCUAAACAAUAAACCAAACCUGAUUACUCCUAAAGAUGUGGUCGAAUUGUAUCUGAUGUGCGCGUUUGGUACUCAGACAGACAGCAAUGAUGUCAGUCUGUGUUCUUUGUUUGAAGAUGAUGAUUUGGAAGUUAUGGAAUACCUAAAUGACUUGAAAAUCUAUUGGAGUUAUGGUCGUGGAAGGAAAAUUAAUUACAAAAUGGCGUGCCUGCUGUACAAGAAAAUAAUUGAAAGUUUUGAGCAGUAUAUGCGACGUCGCAGACCUUCUGGGGUGUUUCAGUUUGCCCACACGGGAACUGUAGUUCCUCUACUUACUUCGUUGGGUUUAUUUACUGAUGAUCUGCCAUUGCGUGCUGACAACUUCAUUGUACAAGGUAAACGAGAAUUUCGUCCGUCAAACAUUGUACCAAUGUCGGCAAACGUGGCGUUUGUGCUGUACGAAUGCAAUAAAACCCGCUGGGGAAUGAACUCAAGAAGUAGAAUAUCCAGAGUGAUGAAGAUCCAAGUGAUAGUAAAUGAAGUUGCUGUGAAAAUUCCCGCUUGUGGCAAGACACACUGUCCUCUCAAAAAAUUUCUUGAUUAUUAUUCGCGCAUCAGAAAUAGAUGUAACAUGAACAACGUUUGUGGCCGACUUCGGAAAAGUUGUGGAUGAACUCGAGACGCGGAAAAAUUGGCGCUGAAUGAUUACAUUGCUUAUUUUUGAACUGGAUGAUCACUUUUUUGUCAUCUUUAUAAUGUUGCGUAUUCAUGUAAUUGUACCGUAUUAAUUUUAAUUGGUGUAGUGACUUGCAUAAUGAAAUUGAUUAAAUUGUCUCUGCGUGGAAAAGCGACUGUCUUUUCCAUUCCGUUGCGAUCUAUCACGAAAUGUAUAAAUCGAAAAUCGAAAUGUAUGGAUUUCUUUUUAUUAAAUCUAAUUCUGCAA